GCGCCGCGGCCGAGUGUUCAGCAAGCCCCAUCGAGACAUGAGCAGCACCCGAGAGGGCGUGCUGAUGGUCACCGGCCUCGAGGUGCUGGCGGUCGGGUACUGGGCCACCUCGCUCGACGACUGGCCCGCGAGCCCCGCGAUGCGAGGCCUGACGAUCCUCCUCCUCUGCGCAAACGCGUCCCUCAGCUUUGCCGCCGUCCGCUUCCGCAGCGAGCGCGCCGCGCUCGCAGCACUCGCCGCAUACGCUGCGCUCCUGGCGUGCCUCGUGGCGGAUUUUGGCGUCUCGCACCCGAACUCGGGCUGCGGCGCGGGGUCGGGCGGGGACGACACGGAGCUCGGCAAGCUGCUCGCCCAGCUGCUCUGGACGGUCGACGCCUGCCUGCUCAUGUCGAUCCUCGGAUGGGUGACGAUUGGGAUCGGCUUCGCGUCGGCGGGCUGGGUCGGGCUCCUGCUGCUCGGCUUCUGGCGGCUGCUCCGUCAGGCGGGCGAGAACGACCGGGAGGUGGAGCGCGCAAUCGCCUCCCUGCCGACCGUGCUCUUUCGUGGCAAGCACACGCCUCUCCCGCUGCUCGAGGGCCGAGAGCCGGCCGAGGCGACGUCGUGCGCUAUCUGCCUGGGCGACUUUGAGCCGGGAGAGGAGCUCCGCAUCCUCCCUUGCGUCCACCUCUACCACCGCGCUUGCAUCGACGAGUGGAUCCGGCGAAAGGGCCUCGCCGCAAAGUGCCCGCUCUGCAACCGCAAGCUGGCCGCCUCCUCUUCCUCCUCCAGCAUGACGCUGCCGCUGCAGGCCGUGGGUGCGCCCGACUCGCCAGGCGCGGAGGCGGAGCUGGCGCCGUCGGAGGACACGUCCUCCCUCGCCACGCGGCUGCUCUCGGGCCAGCCGUCGGACCAGCGCGACUGAAGGGAGCGCGGGGGUUGCGGCUUGCGCGCGCGCGGCCGGUGACAUGGGUCAUCGACGCGGGGGUUUUCGCUCUGUUCGUCUAGCGACACCCCCGAUGCGAUCGUUGUGAUGUGUGCGCGGGUGUUUAGGCUCCGAACUCGCAAAGUGUGACUGUGAGUGUGUCAUCAUGUUCAUGAUCAUGUACCGUGUACCACUGC